CCUUCCGCACUGAACACAACCAUUUUGAUCUCCUUCUCCUGCGACUACGGCUGCUGCUGGCAAAUAGGGCAGAAGUGACAUGGCAAGAGGAGCUGAAACAUUCCUCUCGCUAACGCUGCUUCUGAUCUACUUCACCUCAGGGGAAAGACUGCAGUUGGUGCAGGGACAGAAAACUUGGUGUGUGGCGAAACCUUCGUCGGACGACGCAACGCUGCUCGAAAACAUCAACUACGUCUGCUCUCAGGUCGACUGCAGCGUGCUGCAGAGGGGCUUCCCAUGCUUCUACCCAGAUAACCUCAUGUCCCAUGCUUCCAUUGCCAUGAAUCUGUACUACCAGUCCAGAGGACGGAACCCAUGGAACUGCUUCUUCAACAACUCCGCACUCGUCGUCACCACCGAUCCAAGUAAGACCAAGGUUGAUGAGGAUGUGAUCAUGUCUGCUCCCAUCUACCGCUCACGAAGCACUUGUGCAGGUUAUGGUAGCUGUACUUAUGCCUGA